AUGGAACGUUGCGAUAAUGAAAGUCAAUUAUAUUUAAAAGCAAAGUCAAAGGAAGUGAAGGUCAAACCACGAGUAGAGAAAAGAGAAAAGAAUGAAAACCGCAGGGAAUUUUUAACUGCUCUGAUUUGGUUCGAAAAAGUUAAAAUGUCGAUGGAACGUAAUAAUGCGUUGCUUGUGGGCGACACUCCAAAUGAUUUAUCGUUCGAAGUUAAAUAA